AUGCCACGUCUCUUGUCUCUGGUUGUUGCGGCCCUCGGGCUCGCGCCUGCGGCGAUCGCGGACAAGCUCCUGGCCUCCCACUACAGUGGAAAAGUUUACUCUUUGGACCUGACCGUGAGCGGUAGUACUGGCACCUUGAAGUCGACUUCCUCAUCUGGGGGCUGCGGGAAAAUGCCGACAUGGCUCACGCUCGACUCGGCAACAGGGACUCUGUACUGCUUUGAUGAGUCUGGUGCAGGCCAGCAGGGCGUCAGCGGCGGUGUUGUCACAUCGUACACUGUCAAUACGGACGGAUCCCUAACGCAGACUGGGCAAUCGAAGACUGCAGGUGGAGAGGUCCAUGGAUCGUUCUACGGUGGCUCGACAGGUACUGGAUUUGUGGCAAUGGCUGAAUACGAUGCCUCAACCGUCACCACAUUCAAACUCCCUCUAACGUCAAGCAAUCAAGCUUUGCAGAAGGAGAAAUUCACUAUGAAUGGCUCGGGACCAAACAAGUCACGUCAGGACAAACCUCACCCACAUUCGGUGAUCACCGAUCCCACGGGAAAAUUCCUGCUGGCUCCAGAUCUUGGUGCAGAUCUCGUACGCGUCUUCAGCAUCGAUGCCUCUAGCGGCAAGCUGACAGCCUGUGCGGCUGGCCAAGCCGGAGGAGGAGACGGCCCCCGCCACGGGGCUUUCUGGUCUCCAAAAGCAGGAUCUACGACUGGUCAGAUGCUAUACACUGUCAAUGAACUGGGCAAUUCCGUCUCCGCUUGGAAGGUCACCUACCCUAGCUCUGGUUGUCUAACCCUCGCCAAGAGUCAGACCGUGUCAACAUAUCCUGCUGGCAAGUCAGCACCUGCCGGCUCGAAGGCCGCAGAAUUGCACGUCUCAGGCAACUUUCUAUACGCCGUCAAACGAAAUGACAAGACUUUUGGCGCCAAAGAGGACUCGAUUGUAACGUACAGCAUUGACGCCACCACUGGUGCGAUCACCUUCGUGGAACAAACGAACGCGCAUGCCUGGUAUCCCCGAACCUUUGCGAUCAACAAGGCCGGAACUUACGUCGCCAUUGGUGGCCAGACAUCGUCAAACGUGGCCAUCAUUCAGCGUGAUCCGACUACUGGCAAGUUGGGCGGUCUUGUCGCGAAUUUGGCGAUUGCUACUCCUGGAACCGAUGGAGCUGAGGAUGGCCUUAGCGCCGUUAUCUGGGACGAAUAA